GGGAACCAUACAAAGGGCAGGACGUUUCUUCAACCCUUUUAAGCUUUUUCUAUUUUAAAACCAUGCCAACUCCCAGGUCAGUUAUUUCCUGAAUCCUUGCAGUAUUCCUAGAUAAUGUCCUGAGAAAUGUUCCUCCCUAUAUAUGAAAAGGGCCUUUUCUUGGGCUUUCCUUUUCAUUCAAAACUUCCCCUUUUUCCUCUCUAAAACAGCUGUCCCAAACUUUUCUUCCUACUUAUGUUUUUUCUUUUUUCUUUUUUGUCAUAGUGAUUUAGAUCAAUUGCAACUUCUGUUUCUUCCUCUUCCAGAAGUUCUCGAAGAAUAAGAAACACAGAAAUAUAAAAUAAAUACUAAACUCCUCUCUACUAUAAAAAGCAAAGCUUAUCAAAACAAAACACUUUCAUUUUCCAUUUUCUUUUUUGUUCACUUGCUGAGCCUGCAUUUUUCUCUCCCUUUACACCCAGUAAGAAAAAGAACAGAAAAUAAAAGGAAGAAAAAAAGAAAAGAAAAGGUCCUAAUACUUGUCGCAUUUCAGGAUCCCUCCAGCUUUACUCAAACAAUAUCUCUAGCAAAACCCAUUUCCAGUUCCCAUCUCCACCAAUAAUUUUCAUUAUUUUCUGUCAAAACAAACAAGAAACCAGGAUUCUAAAGCCCUCCAAAAACCCUUAAAAGCUAUUGUCAAGCUUUAUAAUAUAUUUCUCAAUGUCUACACCACUAGACCAACAACAACAAGAAUCACCAUCAAUAGAAAUUAACCAGCAAGCCUACACUGCCCACACUGGUCACGGGUCAGUUGGCCCCGUCAUAGCAGUUCUUGCAGUGAUCACUAUUCUAGGAGUUGUAGCCGGCAUGAUUGGUCGUCUCUGUUCGGGUCGUCGGGUCAUGGGUCAUGGACAAUAUGAUUUCGAAGGUUGGGUAGAGAGAAAAUGCUCUUCUUGCCUCGAUGGUCGGGUCGACCCACCUCCAACCCGACCUGCAGAUAUUCCAGUGGCAGAACCAGUAGAAGAAGAAGGAGCACAUGAGGAUAAAGGAGAAGAGCAAAAACACGAACAAGAUAAACAAAAAUCUCAUGCAAGUACUAGUGAAUCCUGAUUCCUGCUGGUAAUAUAUUGGACUGCCUUGGGUUGUUAGUCUAUUCAGUUGGUAAGUGAAAAAUGGUUUCCUUGUUAUUCAAUUAGUUUCUCUUAUUAAUUCCUGUGUUUAUUUUAUUUUAUUUUUCAAUGGGCUUUAAAACCUUAAUUUUAUUUAGAAUGCAAGGUAACCAUAGUGUAUAUCAAUGAGCAAUUGAGUAUGGAAUCAUUUUGAGAUCAAGAAUAACAUAAAAUUACUUUUAUACUCA